GCGUUACACUAAUGUUCGAAUAAUGUCGUUGGCUACUGUAUGUACACAUCGCGAUUAUUUCGGAGAUGUUGGAACACGAACUUGCCGUCAACCGCGACCGUGAACAUUAACGAAGGCGGCAAAUACACGCGCGUGUAUAAAAACCCCUGAAAAUCCACGAUUCGACAGAGCAAGGGCUGUACGAUCCGCGAGGAAAGCAAACAGAAGUAAUAGAGCGGGCAAAUCAAGAGCACGUCUUGAGGAAGAACAGAAUAUCGGCAGCUGUAUAGUUGAAGUAAGAUGAGCGACAUUGAAGACAUUGCUCCAUACGAAGAAGGUGGAAUAAAUUUGAAUAUCCCCAUCAUAGCAUUCGGCAACCUAUCAGUCGGCAAGGUACAAAUUAGCAAUAUAAAGCUUGGCCGCAUAAAAGUCGGCACUAUUAAAGUUAAGAACAUGAAAAUCGGCGAACUAGAAACUGGCAACAUGAAAAUGGAGGCAGUAACUGUCGGCAAAGUGUCGAUCUGCCAAGUGCAUAUCGGCUGCAUCAAGACCGGCAUAUUGAAUAUCGGCGAGGUAAACGUCGGCGACUCAAAAUUCGGCAUUGUAGAAGUCGGUGACAUAAAAGUCAGCGGCAUAGAAGUCGGCGAUGUGGAUAUUGGUGAUGUAGAAUUUGGUCAGGAGAGACGAGUAGUGUAAUACGAACAAGAGGGAGGAACCGCGUACAUAUGUAGUGUGCAUGUCAAAUCUGCAAAAAUACACGCGUGAAUAUAUUUGAUUUCUAAUAAAUAAAAGGAGCGAUUUGACUGAAAUAAAUGAAACCAGAAA